AUGGGCGGAUUAAAUAUACUCAAUUAUGUUUUAGUUAUGGAUACAAGUAAAGAUUCAACUUCAAUUAUCAAAAGUCAUAGUAAGUACUUUUGUAACAACGAGUCACCUUAUUAUGAUCCAAGAAUUUGUGAGUUGCUGUGUAAUAAUAAUGAUGAACAAUUUGAAAUAAAUGUCAGUAAUAGAGCAUUAAAUAUUCUCCCAAGAGAUUUAUUCAGUGGCUUUGAAUAUCUUUUUGGUCUAUAUAUAGAAUCAAUUAAACUGACUAAUCUAGAGUCAUGUAUUUUCUCUGGUUUAUUAAAUCUUCACACACUUGAAAUUAGCAAAAAUAAACUGACAACUUUACCAAAAGAUGUAUUCAAUGGUCUCUCAAGUUUAAGUGAUCUAAAUUUAGAGUCCAAUGAGCUAAUUGACCUUGAGCCGGGUAUUUUCUCUGGUUUAUCAAACCUUCGCACACUUAAUAUCAGCAAAAAUAAACUGACAAUGUUAUCAAAAGAUCUAUUCAAUGAUCUCGAUGAUCUAGAGGUUUUGUAUUUAGACUCAAACCAACUAGUUGACCUUGAACCAGAGAUUUUCUCUGGUUUAUCACACCUUUGCACACUUAGUAUCAGAAAAAAUAAACUGACAACGUUAUCAAAAGAUCUAUUCAAUGAUCUUAAUCUACAAGAUUUGGAUUUAGACUCAAACCAACUAGUUUACCUUGAACCAGGUACGUUCGAUGAUUUACCAAGUCUAAUGGAUCUUUGUAUCGCCAAUAACAAUCUCACAACUUUAUCAGAUAAUAUAUUUGGUGAUCCAUACGAAUUUAAUCAUCUAGAUUUAAGUUCGAAUCAAUUACAUAAUCUUGAACCAGGUUGUUUCAAUAGUUUGAUAGAACUUGGCGAGCUUGACAUCAGCAACAACAGUCUGACCACAUUGUCCGAAGAUAUAUUUAAAGAUCUUGGAAAACUCAAUAAAUUACAUUUAAAUUCAAAUCAACUACGUAAUCUUGAGUCAAGUUGGUUCAAUGGUUUAUCACGACUUAGAGAAAUGAAUAUCAGCAAAAACUAUCUGACAACUUUAUCAAAAAAUGUUUUCAGUGAUUGUAGUUAUCUUAGCAAGCUGAAACUACAAUUUAAUCGUUUAAAUAAUCUUGAGCCAGGUUGUUUCAAUGGUUUACCAGAACUUAACGAGCUUAAUAUCAGCAACAACAGUCUGACCACAUUGUCUCAAGGUAUAUUUAAUGGUUUUGAAGAACUUUAUAUAUUAAAUUUAAAUUCAAAUAAACUAAACAAUCUUGAGUCAGGUGUUUUUAGUAAUUUGCCAGACCUUGAUGUGCUUGAUUUAAGCAAUAACGAUUUGAUAACAUUAUCAAAAAAUGUAUUCAAUGGUCUUGUAAAUCUUAAUUAUCUAAAUUUACAAUCGAAUGGACUAAAUAAUCUUGAGUCAGCUAAUUUUAAUGGUAUACCAAGACUUCAUAAACUUGAUGUCUCUAAUAAUAAUCUCACAACUUUAGUGAAAGAUACAUUCAAUGGCAUAGAUAGUCUACAUGAACUGAAAUUAAAUUCGAAUAAACUGAGCAAUCUUGAGUCAGGUUGUUUUAAUAAUUUAUUAGAACUUCAAAUACUUGAUAUCAGUGGAAAUAAUUUGACAUUAUCAAAAGAUAUAUUCAGUUGUCUACCAACACUUCGUCAUCUAGAUUUGAAAUCGAAUGGACUACAAAACCUUGAACCAGGUAUUUUUAAUAAUUUGUUGGACCUUGAAGAACUUUAUAUCGGUGGAAACAAAUUGAUUACUUUACCAAACGAUAUAUUCAGAGGUUUAGAAAAGCUUCGUAUCCUAGAUUUAAAUUCAAAUAGACUACAAAACCUUGAGUCAGGUACUUUUAAUGAUUUAUUAGAACUUGAAGAACUUUAUAUCAAUGAAAAUGAACUGGUCUUUUUACCAAACGAUAUAUUUCAAAGUCUGCAAAAUCUGUUAUGUCUACUUCUGGAUUCCAAUCAACUAGUAGAUCUUGAGACAGAUAUUUUCAACGGUUUAACAAAACUUGAGGAACUUGAUAUCAGUGGAAAUCAAUUGACAACUUUACCAAAAUAUAUAUUUAAAGGUCUAGAAAACCUUUAUCACCUAAAUUUGAAUUCAAAUAAACUACAAAACCUUGAGUCAGGUACUUUUAAUGAUUUAUUAGAACUUGAUGAACUUCAUAUGAGCAAAAACAAAUUGAUUACUUUACCAAUCGAUAUAUUCAAAGAUCUAAAAAACCUCUGUUACCUAGAUUUAAAUUUGAAUGGACUACAAAAACUUGAAUCAGGUAUUUUUAAUGAUCUAUUAGAACUUGAUGAACUUCAUAUGAGCAAAAACGAAAUCAUCAAUUUACCAAACGAUAUAUUUAAUGGUCGUCUACAAUCUGUAUUGUAUCUCGAUUAAGAUUUGAGUUAACUCAUUGAUCUUUGGAAGAAAGUAUUUUCUAUUGUUCGUUAAUUAUAUUAAAGAA